GCUUCGUGGCAUGUAAGACUUCUGAUGUCAAAUAAAAUAAACUCACUUUUUCACUUUCCACUUCUACGUGUCUGUCUGGCUUCGUGAAGUAGCGUCGAAAUUUAUAUGCAACAACAAGUCCAAAGGCAAUGCCACAUAAAAACUGUCUACUAGUAGCAAAUUUAAGCACAGAUGAAAUUAAGCCAUCGUCCCCCAUUACGAAUUUACGGGAAUGAUCCCCACAAAAAACAAUCACCUCCAUCCACACACCAUCCCUCUCCCUUACACAAACACGUGGUCACUGGCGCAAAAUUGUUAUGUUAUCAUAGAUGAUGCAAGUGUAACAACAACCAGUGAUCGAUGUGACGCAAAAUAUAGCUAUAUAGCAAUUUUCUUCUACUGCAUCACAACUUUAGCGUAUUAUUACACGCCAGUGCAUGCGAGCUAACGAAGAAAAUAGUUUAUCUCGGUAACACUGUAGCAAUCGUUGAUGUCAUGGAAACUAACAGUGCUACUCCGUCAACAACGAAUUUGCUACUGUGCAUUCACCUGCGCAAAAAGGGUACCGCUUAUAUUAGUUAGACUUAUGACAUACCAUGGCUUCCAGUAAUCGCCGGUUGAAAACAAGAGAAGAAGCACAUCUAUACUCGAAUCUUUUGCCCGAAGCGGAUGUGUCAGAAUACUUUAUUUCUAAAUUCAACGAGUCACUUAUCAAGAAGCUGCCAGAAUGGGACGCAGCGCGUUCAACGCCGACAAUGAGACUUGUGGAAUUAGAGCGUGACCUGAGGUAUGUGCUGCGACAACAAAGAGAAGGGAAAUCUGUAUCUGAACGGAAGAAGGACGAUUUGGAGAAACAGUGGAAAGAACUGAACUCAAAAUCAUUGCAGCUGAAAGAGGCUCUUGUCCAUUUUAACACUUUAAUAGAGGAAAAUGAAGAAAAAAGAAAAAGAUCAGAAAACAAAAUUAAAAGUGCUGAAAGUAUUUCUCUUCAAUAUGAACAAGAUAUAAAGCGCUUGGAAAACAAAAUACGAAGACUACAUGAAGUUGAGCGAGAACUGAAAGUACAAAUUCAGAAACUGGAGUUUUAUGAAGACUACAUGAAUGAGGUAGUCGAACAGUCAGACUUCAAAAGUAUAGACGAGCUGGUGGAGCGCCACGAGACUCUGGUAGCUGCCCGGGAAGACCUGGCUCAGCGCCAGCUUCGUGAGAUGGACAACCUGGAACAAGUCCGGACCGCUAUGCUCGAUCUGGAAGAGGAACGAUUCAGUACUGUUAUAGGACUGAACAACGAGGUUUCGCAGCUGGAAAGUGAGCUCAGCGCGGCGACCGACGAGGCCCUCCGCUGGGAGAGAAUCGUUUGUCAGGUGAAGUGCACGGCCAAGGCGACGUCUGCCGAGCUCACCCAGGUUAAAAGUGCUUGCUGGAACCUACAUCAGCUCAUGUCCAAGCGGAAGUGGAAAUGCUUGCAGACAACGCACGACGAAAAAGACUGGGAAGGGCAGCUUGUGGAUAUUAAAGCCAUAAUUAAAAUCACCAGGCAGAUUCUUGCAGAAGCACGAAAACUUGUUGAGGAGGAACAAAAUACCAUGGUCGCUGUUGUUGAUGAGCCCUUGCGCGGAGAGGAAACUGACGAGUGACAGAGUUGCAUCAUGGACGCGAACCUCUGCUUGCCUUCAUUUACUCUGCUCUGUAUUGUACCAUGUAUCAAGGAAGUUUACAUUCUUAAUCCAUUCAGGGAUGGGCCGUGGGAAGAACUACCGUUUAUCUAUGCUCAGCGUGAACUGAUAUUAAUCUAAUUUUAUAUUCAUAGUAUUCAGGGUGAGGGAUAUUCCUAGAUUCGUAUUUAAAAACAGAUAUGAAAAUUUUCUACGUAGAUUUUAAUGAUUCUGUGUAGGAGAAUUUUUUUUAGAAACUUGUAGCUUAUUAUCGCAGAAAUGUUGCAUACUUACUACUGUUACUAAACUACAUACUGGUUUUUGAUGUAUAAACUCAUCUGAAAA